AUGUCCAGGCCCGUCGGUCGUGUGGACUCCGUCGCCACCCUGCCGCCGUCAUCAGUCCGCCGGUCGUUUUUGCAGCCGCCGUCAACCUUGCACUCGCUAAAGACCGCCGCCACCACCAGCCACCAACUGUACAUCCAUGGCCGCCACCACCAGCGCCAACCAAGACCACCCCCGCAGCCACCAGCCACCCCCACCGGCAACCAACAGAGCUCCGCUGCAAACCGCCUUCCGUCUUCCUGUCGUGUAGUCCGCCGCAUACAACCCUUAGCCACCGCACUGUCGCUUCCGACAGACACCUCACGGCGGCGCAACAUCACGCGACGGCCACAGCCUUGCCCGGUCCCUCCGCCCACAACCGCCGGCCACCUUGCCAUUGCCGCAAACUCUCUGCCCGUCCUUGUUUGA